AUGGAGUUAGAGCACCUGAAGAGGCUGCGUCAGGCCAACCAGGACCUUCUACAAAGGCUCAGAACAAAGCAGGAAGAGAUCAGAAGAAGACUUCCCAGCAAACUUCUCAUUCCAGCAUCUCUCCAUUAUAGAGCAGCUACUUACAGAUCUGCCCCCUUGCCCAAGAGAGGGAGUGAAAAACAGGUUGAUAUUGUUAAAUCUACAGCUGACCCUGCAAUGUUGGUGUCUGUGGAACCUGGGGCUUAUGCAGCCAGAGCAGCCCUCUGUUCAUCUCUUAAACACAGCAGCAAAGACAGAGGGGUGCAGAAACAAAAAGUGAAGAUACAGGAAGCAGUACGUUUGGAUUCCAGCUUUCCUGGGAAAGAGAAGAAUUUUGUGCCAGUGUCUGCAAUCAUUACAUGCGGCGGAGAAACCUCUGGAGUGGAUAAGGAUGGCCAUGCUCAAGGAAGUCUGGAGAAAGAAUCUUUCCUUCUGGGACAUGGAGAGAACAGAAAACAGCCCACUGUGCUACAUGGUUUUCAUGAAAAAAAACAGCUUGAGGGGCACCUGGACCCAUCACCGAGCAGGAUACAAAGUGAAGAGACUGGCAGGGAGCACGUGGUCACUAGAAAGCCCAUCAACCGUAAAUCAGUCUUGCUGACAUCUCAGUCCAAAGAGUUGAAGGAAGCUGAUCCUGUGGCUUUCCAGUCUGACUCUGAAGAGUAUCCCAUACCUAGGAGCACCUCGUCUGUGUGUCCUUUCUUGGGCUAUGACUGGAUUGCAGGGCUCCUAGAUACAAACUCUUUGGUAGCAGAAAAGUCUGAUCAAUACUUUGCUGAGCUUCAUGCGUUCCGACAGGCCAACAAAGAAGCAUGUAUUCAUGAGCAGCACCUGGAACCCAGUGAUCUGGAUAACAUAGUUCCUGAAAAAGAACCAGCCCGGAUACCUGGUUCCCAUAAGUGUGUUUAUUGUUACCGAUUAAACCGCCGCCUCUUCACUGUCCCUACGGACUCGGCAUCGGCCUGCCCGGUGUGUAAGAUCCCACGUACUCACCAGCCCUUGGAAACACUGGAAGAGCCAGUCUAUGUCAGGGUCAGCAUUCCCAGGUCUACACUUAAGCCUGCCUACAAAUACAGAGCCCAUCGCAGGAGGAGCUUUGAACCAGCAGACAAUCUGGCAUUGCCUUUGCAUUGCCUGGCUGGCUGGGAAAACACCAUCACGUCCAGCAGCCCCAUGCUCAGCAGUCUGGAUCUGCGAUCUUCACUGGAAAAGAAGCCUCACCGUCCUUGCCUGGUGUCCAGAGUGUCAGGAGAAGCCAGGACUGACCAGCUUCUGAAGCUGACCUACUAGACACACUUCAGACUUAGCAGUUCUUCUCAACAGAGGGAGCAGAACAAAGCUGGAUGCUUCAGAGAAACUGAAAUCCAGUUGCCUCAGAUGUGUCAACCACUGACUUGA